AUGACUUAUGUGGUCCCCGUUCCGAAGUGCUGCAAUGAGCUGGAGCGGAAAUACUCCAGUGUUAAUGCACGAGGUAUACAAGCUAUCAACCACCAUCGAGCUCUCCUUCCUGGCCUUGGCGAGGACCAGAGCAGCAGCAACAGUGACAAUGACUCAAGUACUGGUCCUCAGAGCAACAACCAGGUCAACGGCAUGGAGAGCAGCAAUGAUAGUACCCAAGACAAUAUUAAUGACGGUAGCGUUUGGUUAGGAGAUGGGAUCAGAGUACAACGCGGAUGCAGAUACAGCCUUAUAAACAUCAUCCACUCAGAAAGCUGCCGAAUGCAGAAGUAUCAAAUUUCUUCAUUACAACAUGCAGCUCUUCUUUAUCCUUUCAGCACUUCUUCCUCUGGCUUAUGCCUAACCUGCCCUAAAUGGGCAGCAACUAACAAUGGAACACAGCAAGCAACCUCGGAUCUUCUGGGAGGAAACAGCGGUGCCAACGAUGAUGAAGACGAUGUCGAUGAGGACCCGGGGGACCUCGAACUCCCUGGGGUUGGCGAUGACGGCGAGGAUGAAGAAUAA